UUGGAGUCGGAAGUCGGAACAGCUUCAAUCGCAUAUAUAUAAAUACUUUAGACGAUCAGUUUCGUUUAAUCCCAAAAGAGUUCCCCACCUUUUCCAUCCGUAUCGCUCAUUUUGGCCACUAUAAUCUGCCGGCGAAUCAACUCUCCGGGUCUCGUUCUCGUGACAUGCCUCGGUGCGAUAUGAUCAGCGCGUUACCGGAACCUUUGAUUACUAAAAUACUCUCAUACCUUCCCACUAAACACUCGGUGACGACAAGCGUCUUAUCAACGAGAUGGAAGAAUCUGUGGCUAACUGUUCCAGCUCUUGUCUUAAACCGCCGCGACUUCCCUUACGGACAAGACCAAGUGGUCCUCAGCUUCCUCGACAGGCUCCUCGAUUUUAACCCUGAUCUACGCCUUCUAAAAGUCAAGUUGAAGUGCGGUGACGUGGAGAUAGACGGGUUCAAGGAUCGGAUCAGUACAGUGAUUCAACGUGGACCUCAGCAUCUAGACGUCGAGGGUUGUAUUUACUAUAUAGAUCGCCGUGACACCCAAAUCUAUCCUUUUAUCGACUACAUGCCUCUGAAUCUGUACACGAGCAGGACGUUGGUUUCCUUGACGCUCACGUAUUGGGGUGUCGAGGAUCCUGGUCUUGUUGUCUACAUGUCUUGCCUCAAAUCCAUGACGCUUGUGAAAGCUCUCUUUCGAGACGACGCGAGUCUGGAGAGACUCGUGUCGGGUUGUCCUGUUCUCGAAGAGCUGACCUUGGUUAGGGAUACGCAUUCUAAUUUCGAAGGUUCGGUUGAUAGUUUCAUGCGUGUGAGGUCUGGGAGCUUGAAGAGGUUUCGCGUUCCACUCUGGUACGGAGAAGAAUAUUGUACUAGUCCGUUUGUGAAAUACGCUAUUGAGAUUGAUGCUCCGAGGCUAGAGCGUAUGACUCUCGGAGAAGAUCAGUUUGAUAGCAUCGCGGUGAAGAACCUGGACUCUUUGUUCAGUGUUGACCUUGAUAUCAAGUUUUCUGUCAAGUUUGAUCCGGAGGACUUGUCAAAGAGAAAUGAAAUCCGUUAUUUUCUCUCUGGGAUCUCGAGUGUAAGAAGCAUGAUCAUCUCUGAGAAGACAGUGAAGGUCCUUGAGAUUUACUCUAGCGUAGGGAUGAUUCCAAAGUUCAUUAACUUAUCACGUUUAGAAGUCGUGUUCCCUUGCGAUUCAUUACAGUUUUUGCCAGCCUUUCUUGAGUGUUUCCCCAAUCUGAAACACUUAAUCUUGGAGGUUUAUUAUUCAAGGGAGAUGGAGGAUGCAUUUGAACUCACAGAUGUGCCUCAGUGCUUCUUAUCGACUCUGGAGUGUGUUCAGCUUAAGAGAAUCCACGAGUGGGAGGAAGAGGAGAUGAAAGUAGCCACUUACUUUCUUGAAAACGCUGCUGUCCUGAAGAAACUCACUCUGAGUCUCACCAACUAUCCUCGUUAUGUCUCUGAUGAAGAAAUCUUCCACGUGGUUAAUAGAGUCGCAAAACGUUCUCCAACAUGUCAGAUUCUUGCUGAUUGGGAUUUAUGUUGAUCAGUAUCAUUGCAGGAGUCUAUUCUUAUCAUGAAAAUUUGCAGUUGAAAGUGUUUUUUUUGUAGACAUUUCUUAGUUCUGGUUGGAUUCCUUAUGACCAGUAUCAUUUCUUA